CCGAUUUCCGAUUUCUAUAUGACAGUCCCGUUUCCGAUUCUACUAAAUCUUGUUUUCUGGUUUCGGGGUCCAUUUGGAUCGGAUAGGGACCUCGUUUCACCCCUAAUUGCUAUACACAACCCAUUUGGAAAUGCUACAUUAUUUUUUCGAAGUUUUGAUGUUCAAAAAACCAAAAUCACGUGGCCCACGUCCAAAUUCCUGAACGAAACAGAUGAUACACUUCCCUGUAGUAUAUAGAAGCCACCGUCAAACCAUCUCUUGCACUUUUCAAUGCGCUUCCCUUUAUUCACGCUCCAGAUUUCAUACAAUGCCCACGCCUUUCUUAUACUAAUCUCUUUCCCUUUUUUCAAUCCCUUUUCUUUCGCUCUCUGAAAACCAUAUGCCAUCUCCAAAAUAAUCGUACAUAACACCUGAAACACCAAACGUAAACCAUUUUCCAGUUCCCACUUACUCCCUUUUCCGGUUUUAGUUUCUUCAGAUCUGGGACCUCAAACCCUUUCCCCUUCGCCCAAAUUAAACAAUCUUAGAACUGGGUUUCCUCCCUGCCUCUAAAGAACCAAAGAUUUUAGUUUCUCUUACGUAAUUCCUGGUGGGUUCUAUGUCUGCUUCAUUCAAAUGAUAAAACCCUAGUUCAUUAUGCGAUUGGAGGUCACCUGUGAAGUGGGUGUUCAGUUCUCUAGUGUUUUUCAUACGAAAUUGAAGACCCAGAUCAGAUAAGAGUAGCGAUUUGAAGUAUACGGUUGAAAAAUUUGUUGAAGAUGAUACAGUUAUUGUUCUUUGUUGUAUUUGCCGAGGCCUUUGUGGCGUUUCUUCUAAUGGUGAAAAUCGGACCACUUAGAGAACUGGUCAUGAAUGGGUUGGAUCAAGUGAAAAUGAGGAAGGGGACUGUUUUGACGAUUGCUGGGACGAUGUCUGUGAUCUUGUUUUCAAAUUGGAUUAGUAUUGUUAAAAUCCAGAACAAAGGUGCUAAGAUUGGUACAAUGACACCCAUGGAUCAAGUUCUUUGGAGGACUCAUUUGCUUGAGGCUUCACUCAUGGGAUUCUCUUUGUAUCUUGGCUUCUUAAUUGAUCGAAUGCAUCAUCAUCUUCAAAAAUUAAUCAAUCUGAGAAAAAACGGUGGUUCAUCAAAAAAAGAAGUGGAAAAGCUGGAGGCAGAAAAGUUGCAGCUAAAAGAAAACGAAGAGAAAGCAAAAGAAGAAAUCAAUCGGAUGCAAAAAGAGAUUUCCAAUCUAUCAGAAAGCUUAAAGAAGCUUAAGCUGGAGUCGAAAGAAAAAGAUAAGAAGAUUGAAGUUGCAGAAGCUCAUGUCACUUCCCUUCAGAAACAAUCUGCUGAUUUGCUUCUUGAAUAUGAUCGUCUUCUUGAAGACAAUCAAAAUCUUCAAGCCCAAACCAAAAACCGACAAUUUAGGGGGCAUCACAAAGAUUGA